UACAAUGGCGACUGCUCAGCACCGCGGCGAGGGGCCUCGGGCUGGAGGUGAAAUUAUCAACGCUAAUUCUCAUUUUAGUACAAAAACAACAGGAGCAGAGGAGAAGGCAAACGAUGGGAAAUGUAACACUGUCUCCAACAGCCCUGGAGGAGGAGGAGGAGGAGGAGGAGGAGGAAGUGGUGGUCUAGGGAAGCGGCCAGGAAGCAAAGACGAGCUCCAGAACCAGCCGGCGCCUCCCAAAAUCCCUAAGGCCAGCAUCAGUAUCGCUAAAAAGACUGCUCCGAUUUCCAUCAAGCUAGGAGCUAGCAAACCAAAAGAAGCAGCGCCGAUUUUACCCUCCAAAAAACCUGCAUCUGUUUUCGAUGACGAUGACGACAGUGAACCAGAGGAGAUGCCUCCAGAAGCGAAGAUGAGGAUGAAGAACAUUGGAAGGGACACCCCGACAUCAGCAGGCCCUAACUCAUUCAACAAAGGCAAGCAAGGAUUCUCUGACCACCAGAAGCUCUGGGAGAGAAAGCUCAAAGCGCAGAUGGAUCAAUAACUCCUGCCAUUAUAACUCUGCCUUCAGUCUUUUUUUUUUUUGUCCCUUGUUCUUUCUGACAGACUUUUGUAAAAUAUACGUGUACAUAUGUGAUGAGACUUUCCCACGCUGACGCCACUUUUUAUGUGUGAUAGUUGUUUUUUUCUUGCAGCAUCAUAGCCUUUCAUUCGUUUCUUUGACAGUGAUGCAUAUUUUCCUCCAGAUGUACCACAGUUAUUUGAUCAGUUGUAUUACUGAUUAGACAGACAUUAUUAGCAAUAAGGAAGUAGAUGAUAUUAGAUAAGACGUAGUGUUCCUGAUGCUGAUAUAAUGUGUGGCGUCACCAAAAUGUACGGAGUAAGAAUGCGUGUUCUCUGUGUUGUGUGAUGGUUUCUUUGGGAAAGAUGAUUAAAUCUAUAUGAUGAGA